AUGGUCUCCUUUUCACAAGUGAUAGCUCACUUGAAUGAGCUGGAGAUGGAACGCUUCGAUUUCAUUUGUAGCUGUCGCGAAGACGAGCUCGGGGCCGACAACGACCCGAAUGGAGCAACCAAAGAGGACGAAGAAGAGCUGCUCACGGACGCCUCCAAUGCGGGGAUUCCAGGGGGUCGCCGUCAUGAGGCCGAACCCAUGUUUAUCUCCCACAAGAUAUCCAAGUCCAUUCCCAAGAGCCGCCGGGGAGAGGACAUUUCGGCCUCUGGCAUUAGUUUGUAG